AAGCCGGUGCGUUUUCCGAUCGCAAGGGCCAAAAAAGGCGGAGGCACUCGAUUGAAGGAGCGGAGGGUUACGGAACUCCAGCCCCCACACCUACCAACCAAUCCCCCCCCCCACCCCCCGAGGAGGGGCGGCGCGGCCGGGGUUGCAGCCAGCCUGAGGAAAAGUUUUGGAGAAACUUCGGAAAAGUUUUGAGGGAUCGCGAUCUCGCGGUGGGAGUUUGUGCGUGUGUGUUUCCCUGUCUCUGCCCACCUCCCCCCCCCCCCCCCAAAAAAAGCAUAUAGUUUUAUUUUUUGGUGUGUGUUUUUAAAGACGGAAUAAGGCACCCCACGCAGAAAUGUCUUCGAUCCUGCCUUUCACUCCCCCGAUUGUCAAACGCCUCCUGGGCUGGAAGAAGGGAGAACAAAACGGCCAGGAGGAGAAAUGGUGCGAGAAAGCGGUAAAGAGCUUGGUGAAAAAGCUGAAGAAAACCGGCCAGUUGGACGAAUUGGAGAAAGCAAUUACCACGCAGAGUAUUAACACGAAAUGCAUAACCAUUCCCAGGUCCCUGGAUGGAAGGCUCCAGGUUUCCCAUCGGAAAGGUCUGCCUCAUGUCAUCUACUGUCGCCUCUGGCGUUGGCCAGAUCUCCACAGUCACCAUGAGCUUCGAGCCAUGGAAAUGUGUGAGUUUGCCUUUCACAUGAAGAAGGAUGAGGUCUGCGUGAAUCCUUACCAUUACCAAAGAGUGGAAACACCAGUUUUACCUCCCGUUCUCGUGCCAAGGCACACAGAGGUGCCCUCUGAAUUCCCACCCUUGGAUGACUACACACAUUCCAUCCCGGAGAACACAAACUUCCCAGCAGGUAUCGAACCACAGAGCAACUAUAUACCAGAGACACCCCCUCCAGGUUACAUAAGUGAGGAUGGAGAAACUAGUGACCACCAGAUGAACCAUAGCAUGGAAACAGGUUCUGCAGCUGAUUUAUCUCCAAACCCCUUGUCGCCCACGCACAGUAACUUGGACCUGCAGCCAGUCACCUACUGUGAGCCGGCUUUUUGGUGCUCCAUUGCUUACUAUGAACUGAACCAGCGAGUGGGAGAGACUUUCCACGCUUCACAGCCCUCUCUCACUGUCGAUGGCUUUACUGAUCCAUCCAACUCCGAACGCUUCUGCUUAGGGCUGCUGUCAAAUGUGAACAGGAAUGCAGCAGUGGAGCUGACAAGAAGGCAUAUUGGCAGGGGAGUCAGGCUAUACUACAUUGGGGGUGAGGUCUUUGCUGAAUGCCUGAGUGACAGCGCCAUCUUUGUCCAGAGUCCAAAUUGCAACCAACGCUACGGGUGGCACCCUGCAACUGUUUGCAAGAUUCCGCCAGGAUGCAACCUCAAGAUCUUCAAUAACCAAGAGUUUGCAGCCUUGCUGGCUCAGUCAGUGAAUCAGGGUUUUGAAGCAGUGUACCAGCUGACCAGGAUGUGUACAAUUCGAAUGAGCUUUGUCAAAGGCUGGGGAGCAGAAUACAGACGUCAGACAGUGACCAGUACCCCCUGCUGGAUUGAGCUUCACCUGAAUGGACCUCUGCAGUGGCUGGACAAAGUCCUUACCCAAAUGGGAUCACCAGCCAUUCGAUGCUCAAGCAUGUCGUAAAAGAUUGGAUUUAUCUCAGGGAAGACACCUGCCAAAUUUUACCAGUCGAGCUAUAGCUUUUAAUUUAUAGAAAUGUAAUUCAUUAUCAUCAACAACAACAACAGGUUCCUCCUGCAGUCUUACCAGGUACCAUCAUUGCCACUUGCCAUGAUAACUGUAAGCACUUUCUGUGGCAAUGUUGUUGGGGAAAUAUUUACAAGGGAAAACCGCGUAAUGAUUGAGAAACAAAGGAAGAAAAACAUCAAUUUUUAAUUUGUUUUCUACUGGAGAAAAACUGUGUUUUCACCCUGCUACCAGAUGGCAAAUUUGUCAGUGGUUUUUUUGUGCCAACUGUAGAUCUAACCAUUUUGUAUUAUUUGACUACUUUAAUGCCCUGUCUCUAGAACUAGAUUGAAUAGUACGGUUGCCUAGAGACCAAUUGAUCUCGCUCUCUCUAGUUUUUAUCCUUUAACAUGCUCCUGAAACUUUUGAUGGUUACGCCAGGGAAGAAGGCCAGUUCCUGCCUGCGAUUGCCAUGGUAACUUGAGCCAUUUGUUACACACAGAAGAGAGAAACUAUUACAACUGUUCUAUUCUGAUCAGCCGUUCUGUCAAAACUCAGUGGUUUUGAGCCCACGAUGGGUCGGCAGGCCCCUCCGCUGUUUGCACCAACUGUUGGAGAUUGGAGAAAUGGAGCUGCCCUUCUCAGAGCAUAUUCUCAUCAUCAAUGUACUGGAAGCUUGUGAUUUUCUUUGUUUGUCUGCCAGUUCCCAUUCUUUCCUGUUACGUUUAUGUUUUGCAUUAUGUAAGUUUGACUUGUACACUUGCCACCUGCUUUUGUUUUCUAGUCAGAGUUGAAAGAGAUUUUAAGCACUUGGUUACAGUUGCCGGUAAUUAUUAUCUUUGAACAAUCCAACCUCUAUGCUGAUAACUUUUUGUUGGACUCGAUGCACCGCCUGGGAUGCUUUUGUUUAAAAAUGGCGCUAUAUAAAUGCCAGCUAUGGAGAUGUGUGUCGCAUCCAAUGUUUAUUUUCUUAACUCAACUCUAAUUGCACCCAAUAAAACAAAAAUUUGGGCCCAGCCUCAGUGCUGUCUGCAGCAUCUGUGUAACAUUGAAGGCCAGGAAAAAUGUGGCAUUGAGCUGUGCCCAAAAAGGCUUGUGCACACCUAAAUGGUGUUGACUGAUCUCAGUAGUGGUUAGUUCACAAUGGUUGACUUUGGAUGAUUUUCCCCGGGGGAUGGUCUAUCAUUGAGAGAGCAGUGGGGUGAGGCAGGGGGGAGCUAUGUAGUGGUUGAAUAAGGAUGGAGUGUAGUUUCAACAUUGAGGUAGCAGUUACCCAUCUGGGCUCCCAUGACUUGGACAAGAAAGUGGAAAACAACAAUAUGUGGAACUGCAUCGUUGAAACAGUCAAUUUGUGCACAAGGCAGAAUAAAUAAAUGCAGCGAUUUAUUUUAACUUGGUUUUCUUACUUGGUGCCUCAGUGGUCAUUGUUUAUAAUUUCCUGUUUUUUGUUUCCGAAGGGGUCCAAUUUAAACUUACAACACAAGCUACACUACCAUCAUUUGACGAUGAGACUUUGACUGAACUGAAACAAUCAGUAUCUUCAAUUAAUAUAUAUUUAAAAUGGUAAAGCUUACUUUUGGUUUAGCUUGAGUGUGCACAUGUUGUUAUCCAUGCUUUUGUCAGUGCAACCUAGUCUAAUGGUGGGACUUCCUGCUCCUGGACUGGAACUUGGAGGUUAGAAAUGCAAAUCUCUAUGUGAUACCUACAUACAAACUACUUGUCUCUACAGUGGGGUAUGGGAACUUCGCCUUCAUUUUAUAUUAAUUUUUAUACCCCAGAUACAAUAUUAAAUCAUUCCCCUCCCCUAUCCAAACUGUAAUCGGUAGACCUCCUGUAUCUCACUUGAGCCUUGAUUCUUUAACAGUGAAUAUGAGAAUAGUUCUGUGUCCCAACAUUUUGUAUAUUCUCUGUGUAAGAAUCACUGGAUGCCAAUCAGGGAUAACACUUACAUGGCUAUUUUUGCUUCUUAGAUCAUCAAGAAUAAACCUGUUGGCGAAAAGCUAUUUACAUCAGAUAUAAGGGUAAAACAAAUGGAUCUGCAGGACAGUUUAAUGUAACAGCUUGCUGUUUGUCCUUUUUCUUCAUUCAGCCACUUGCUUUGUAAUUUUCAUCUAACUACGAUUCUUUAAAAUUUCCCAUUGUGUUUAAUCUCCUGCUCAGUUUUCACGUCUUCCUCUCUUAUAAAGUGUUUGGAACUGUUUUUGUGAGUAUUAUUGUGUAUGUUUGCCUACAAAUUUACACCUAUGUUUGGGGAUUCAUUUGGGGUGGGAGGUCAGAUUAUUUGUAAACAAGUGCAUUGAAGGGGAAACGGGGAGGGGAAGAAUAUUUUCUUGCCAGCUUAUUUGGUCCUGGCCCUAAUCUCAUGUUCACUGCUCCCUAUCCACACUGUGUAAGGCAUGGAAUAUUUCUUGUUCCCUCUGUGUCUCUGGUGACUUCAAGGAGUCUUAUUUUCAGGUCAACCUUUUUUGUUUUUUUUUAAAAACUGGAAGCUGGGAAUGGCUUGUACACAAGAAAUAAGAUUUAAAUCACUGUAUUAAUUCCAAAUUAGCAGGCCUUAAGGUUAUCCAAGAAUAUCAAGUAACUGACAGACCUGAGACAUUUUUAUUGAGAGAUUCGUUACAUGUUAGUCAACAUUUGAAUUCAAGCCCUGUACUAGUAGAUCAUAACUUUUUUGGCACAGUUCUGGGUAGGUAAAACAGGAACAAGAACCAAAGUUGCUGGAAAAGCUUAGCAGGUCUGGCAGCAUCUGUGAAGAAAAAAAAUCAGAGUUAAUGUUUCGGGUCCGGUGACACUUCCUCAGAACGAACUCAAAACGUCUGAGGAAGGGUCACCAGACCUGAAACGUUAACUGUUUUUACUUCUUCAUAGAUGCUGAGUUUUUCCAGCAACUUUGUUUUUGUUCCUGAUUUACAGCAUCCACAGUUCUUUUGGUUUUUAUCUGGCUAAGUACAAUUUGGAGCUACGUACUUUUGGAUGAGAGGUUAAAAAGAGGCUAUCUUUGUAUUCAAAAGUUGUUUGCACCAACAUUCCUUACUCAACCAUCAACACUAAAAGCAGAUUAACUUGUCAUUCACAAUGCUAUAUGUGGAAUGAUGAAAAUGCAGUGGCACAGCAAAAAGGGUCUGUAAAUACAUCAUGCAGCAUUUCAACUCUUAACUUUGGUUGGGACACUCAAAUUGGCACCAUUGAGAAAACCUGAAUAGCACUUGGGUUAGGACCCCAGUUGCAUCAGUAGGCCAGAACUCCAAACUCCUGUCUGUCUUUCAGAGGAAUUGUAGUUAGUGUUGUGGAUCCAUCUCUCAGAUGAGCCUGAGUGUGCAGCCAGCAGUCAGUGUAUGGGGAGUGCAUUGCACUAACUCUCCCUAGCCAUUUUUCUUGACAUCUCUGUAGGAAAACCAGCUGGCUUCAGUUCUAUACCUCCCUUUAAACCUUCUCUAUGCCUGUCACAGACAUUUCCAUGUUUUUUUUGAGCAGCUGCUAACACUUAUUCUUUGUGGAGGAAAAUUCCAGGCCUGAUUAACUGAGGUUUAAACAGAAGAUUGUAAUAACUGACCUUUUAGUAUACGGUUUUAUUUAAAAGAAAAGACACCUUUUAAUUUCACUCCUUAGUGGCACUCAUGCUUUUAUUUGGAAAAAAAAAUUACACACAAGGAAGAUUAAAAACAGUCUGCUCAGGAUUUCCUAGGAUUAUUAUCGUAGUAGCUGCUGUCUAAAAGCUGUAGCACUGGGGUAUUGAAUCCUUCUGAAAACCCCACUAGAAACUAGCACAUUGAAUUAACAUGUUCCACAGAGCCACCCUGUCACUGAUUUUCUGUUCCAUAAAUAAAUUAAGAUUCUCUACAAUUGUACUACACUUGCAAAGUACAUUACUCACAUGAGACAGCAUCUGUGAAGAGAAAGAGUCAACUCUUGAAAGGUCAUCAAAUUGAAACCAUCACUCCCUUUCUCUCUACAUAGAUACUGGUGUCGCUUAGCUCAGUUGGCUAGAUGUUUUGCAAUUCAGUGAUACCAAUAGCACGUUUUCAAUUCUUGUACCGUACCAUACCAUGAAGGUCCUUCCCUUUUUAAUCUCGCUACUCCCCUGAGGCAUGACCACCUUCAAAUUAAACCACUGCUAGUCAUCUCUUAACAAGAAAGCAACCCUGUGGUCCCUGGACUGUGGUGACUUUACUGUUCUACAUUGAUACUGCCCAAGUUAUUUCCAGCAUUCUUGGUUUCUAGAAAAUUAGGAAUGUGCAACAGACUGUACUAGAAGGCCAUAGCUCCAGGCAUAAAAACUUCAUAAGAUUUAGACACCCAUCAUUAUACCUACUACAGCACAGACUCCAUGACUAUGGUUACAAGUAGGCAGUGCAAUGCAUUUGUUGGGAUCUGCUACUUCUUUCUACUAACAAGUCUUUGCAUUACCACUACCAUUUGGAUCUGUGCUUUAAACAAUGGAAAAUUCAGGAUUGUAACUGUACACAUAGGGAAGUCCAAGAUCAGAGAAUUGGGUGAACACCAGUAUAUGAAUGAAAACUACAAACAACAGUGUAGGUUUAGUUUAGGUUCCUGGCAUUGAUGUUACUCUUUUUAUAGAGUGAAAACUAUAGUGAAGUCAUAUUGCAGUUUUUAUUGUCAAUCACCUUUCAAGUAUGAGUUGAGAGAGAAAGCGGAAAAUCGUGCCAACAACGUAAUUAGACCAGGUUACAAAUAUAAAAAGUGUAUGUGGAAUGUUGAAAUCUUAAUGUCCAUACAUCUUUUGACGCUUAUUAGCAAGAAAUGAGCACUCGAACAACCACUUUUAUACUGUGCAGAUUCAGGGUGUAGACUACAGGUCAUGUCUCUGUCUGGCUGGAAAACCGAACAAUUCCAAAUGACUCUGUGCUGAAUGAGCUACAUGAUAACUCCUGGGGUUAUGUCAUCCAGUGUUAUCUGUGUGGGGCAUGCUGCUUCCCUCCCUCAAGCAACCUAUAUGCGAGGAACAAAAAGCGUAAUCCAUGGUUCUUCAAACUUGGUCACAGUAAUUCUGGGAAAAUGAUCUGCAUCAAGCUCCAUGGAGACAUUCUUGACUACAUAUGUAGUUUUUGUUGUUUUAAUUGGAACAGAAGCUCCUGGAAUAGUAAUUUGGUAGUACAGGACAUUUGUCUAUCACAUAAGCCAAAAAAGUUCCGUCUGUCUCACAAAUAAAUAACACGGUAUAUGAAUUUAUGCCAGUGUGAUGGUAGGUAUAUUGGCCAUUUGUCCAAAAGCUGUUUGGAACAAGAUAGAUAUUGACUUUACUCAGUCUGUCUGUGCUUCCAGAACAUUAAAUAUGAUGAUGUGAUUGGCCAACACUUACCAACUAAUUAGAUGGGAAUAAUUACUUUAAAACCAAUUAAGGAUUUCAAUUGGGCCCACAUUGUCAUGCAUGUACACCUACUGGAAGCCAAAUGUUAAUACAUGGGACCCUAUUCUUUAUAGACAAAAAGGGACAUACAUACAAAAAGGGACAUCCUGUUUCAACUCAACAAAAUAGGUGACAAAUAGUUCUAGUUAAUUUCUCAGGGCAAUGACUGAGUCAACCUGCCCAAUUUUAAAUUUAAACAGAGAUUGGUCAUUAACUGUCAGUCAUCAUCAAAUUGGUGCAUUUCCAUGGUACCACCUCAAUUAGAGUCUAUUUACCAACCACUCAGUGUCCUCGUACAGUACUUUUUUUUCUUAUUUACGUUGGUAUUCUUGCAAAUUGAGUGCAGAACAAAAAGCUUUAACUUUUUUUAAUACUAUAAAGGGCACUUUUUUUUUGCAAGAUGGAUUAAGGCACUAUUGAACAGAUUCUCAUUGUUGAGGUUUAAACAGAAAUCAACUUCAAUGGGUCUACUUUGGGACUUUCUCUAUCCUAGCAUGCUUUGUGGUGCAGUGCAUCAUGGCAUAAGGCACCAUCCACACAGCAUCUGUGAUGCUUACAACAAUGGAACAGUGAUAAUCCAUGGAAUUUUUAAAAAAGUCCCAUGCAAUGUGUACUUUUCUAUUUAAUGAAACAAUGUGAUUCAUGUGAGUAUAUUUUUUACAAAGUUGGCAAUUGAACAUGUGUGUCCACCUUUAUUGCUUCAUCUCCUAUACCACAGAUGCAAUUUAGAUUCCUCGUGACCCGCAUCAGCAUUUUCUCAAGUUCUGUAAAGGUACCUUGUGAAUUUCUCCAAGUAGCGUUAAACUAUUUAGUUCCAGCAGAUAAUGCUGCAUUACUAUCACACUUUACAAAAAAAAGGUGCUUUCUUGUACAUUGUUUCUGUUUUCUACUUUAGUGUUCAGAAAUGGCCAAAAAUCCUUUUCCAUUUAUGUAAAUGUUUCAAUGUUAUUAAAGUUCAUUUUAUGAUACUAACCAGCAGCAAGUGGAGUAAUAUUUGUUAUAUCAGCUGUUCAAGGAAACCUCUGCUUUAUAGGCGUGGCGAGCAACUACCUGUUUCUCAUACCUAAAAGUUAAUCUUUGUACACAGUAGGCCAAAGUUCCACGGGUGCCAA